GCCGGGGGCGGGGGCUGCUCCGCGCCGGGGCCGUUGGCUCCAGACAAAUAAACAUGGAGUCCAUCUUCCACGAGAAACAAGAAGGCUCACUUUGUGCUCAGCACUGCCUGAAUAAUUUAUUGCAAGGAGAAUAUUUUAGCCCUGUGGAGUUAUCCUCAAUUGCACACCAGCUAGAUGAAGAAGAAAGGAUGAGGAUGGCAGAAGGAGGAGUUACCAGUGAAGACUAUCGCACAUUUUUACAGCAGCCUUCUGGAAAUAUGGAUGACAGUGGCUUUUUCUCUAUUCAAGUUAUAAGCAAUGCUUUGAAAGUUUGGGGCUUAGAACUUAUCCUGUUCAACAGUCCAGAAUACCAGAGGCUCAGAAUUGAUCCCAUAAAUGAAAGGUCCUUUAUAUGCAAUUAUAAGGAACACUGGUUUACAGUUAGAAAGUUAGGUAAACAGUGGUUUAACUUGAAUUCUUUGUUGACGGGUCCAGAAUUAAUAUCAGAUACAUACCUCGCACUAUUCUUGGCUCAGUUACAGCAAGAAGGUUAUUCUAUAUUUGUUGUUAAGGGUGAUCUCCCAGAUUGUGAAGCUGAUCAACUUUUGCAGAUGAUAAAAGUCCAACAGAUGCAUCGACCAAAACUUAUUGGAGAAGAGUUAGCACAACUGAAAGAACAGAGUGCUCUCAAAGCAGAUCUGGAACGAGUCCUAGAGGCAGCUGAUGGAUCAGGAAUGUUAGAUGAGGAUGAGGAUGAUUUACAGAGGGCUCUAGCCAUAAGUCGUCAAGAAAUUGACAUGGAGGAUGAAGAAGCCGAUCUCCGUAGGGCUAUUCGGCUCAGUAUGCAAGGUAGUUCCAGAAAUAUGUGUCAAGAUAGUCCACAGACAUCAAGUACAAACCUUACUUCAGAAGAGCUGCGCAAGAGAAGAGAAGCCUACUUUGAAAAGCAACAGCAGCAGCAACAGGAGGUAGACCGAACUGGGCAGCUUUCAUACUCAUGUGAAAGACCAACCACAAGCUCAGGAGGACUUGGGAACAACCGAGCAGGUGAUUCUCUGAGUGAAGAAGACAUGCUUCGGGCCGCUGUGACCAUGGCUUUAGAAACUGCUAAGGAUAGUUUGAAAGCGGAAAGAAAAAAAUAGCACCUUUAAAAAUCAUUUUGCUACUCAUACUUCCUGACAUUGUCUGUGAUUACAGUGUAAGGUCCCUUUUGGCAGUAUGUUUACCAGAAGAGAUAAAGACACCUCAGUGAUUUAUGAGCGAAUGAUCAGAAAGCCAGAGAUGUGUCAUAGGACUAAAACAUGAUUCACAUACUAGCCGAAGAGGCAGUCAGCAAUUAAAGAAACUUAAGGUAGUUUUCUAACUGUCCCUUAUUUUUUAAGUGUGCAAUAUCUAACUGAAACUAUGGAAUUUUUCUUGGCUCUUUGCGGACCAACUAAUUAGCUCUUGCCACAGAACUUGAUCUUGUUUUGUUUUCAUUUUCUUUCUUCGUUGGAGGUGGCUUGGCUCACCUGAGCUUUUAUUUCUUAUUAAUUAGACUAACCUUUUAUGGAAAUGUCUUUUGUUUGUCUUGUUCAGAAAGAUAAAUCUAUCGUCUUAUAUGUAUGUGGGGCACUUAGAUGUUAUUUUCCUUGGUUUUGGUUAUUCUCCCACAACUCUUAACAGGGUAAUCUGUUGUUUGUUAAGCCUUUCGUGGAAUCAUUAUUUCUUUGGUGCAUUGCUUUACUCUGAUGUCAGCUCUACUUGAGUAUUUGAGUAUACAUGAACUGGGUUUGUGUGAGCAUGUGCUUUCUGGUUCUGUGAAGGCUUUCAGUUGUGUUCUGGCUGACUUCUGUAAUCCUUUCUGCACCUUGUUCCCUUUUUGCUCCCAGCUGAGAAAAGGAGAGGCUAGGACACAAGCAUGUUACAACUUAACACACACCAUGAAUGUACCACAGGAGAAACUUGCCCCUCUGUGUUGGUGGUGGGUUUGUUUUAGGUUUUCUUCUGUGACACGAGUUUUGUGUUUGUUCUAUUAACAAUUAAGUCCUGGAAAAUAGAUGCCUGCUUCACUUUUUUUUAUUUUUUAUUUUUUUUUAAGUAGAAUAUAGACUGCCAGGAUGCAGGAUGGUGGUCUGGAAUGUGAAAGUAAAUGAAAAUAUAUUUAAAUAUACUGUGGGUUGACUCUUGCAAUCAUGUUUAAAUUGCUUAAGAAUUAAAAAAGUAGCCAGGCAUAGUGGUGCAUGCCUGUAAUCCCAGCACAUGGGGAGGCAGAGGCAGGCAGAUCUCUGUGAGUUUGAGGCCAGCCUGGUUUACAAAGUGAGUCCAGGACAGCCAAGGCUACACAGAGAAACCCUGUCUCAAAAAGCCAAAAACAAACAAAAGACAGAACUAACAGUGCUUACAGGGUCUGUCUGUAAAUAAGAAAAGUCCAUAGUUUUGAUAAACAUUCUUUAAUUGGGAUGCACAGAGAGUUUUGUGGGUUAAUACUUUGGUAUGAUUUUGGUGGAGAUGAACUAUGUAUCUUUGUAAUGGGUAUCAUAGCCUCAUAUCUACUCUCCUUCCCUCCCUUCCUAUCCCCUUUUGAAGUCCUUUUGAAUGUUGACUUGUACAUAGGUCAAGUCCAAGAAGAAAUUUUAGCCAACAGCUUGGGAGGGUGAAGCAUGGUAUACUGCUCUACUGGUGUGUGUUCUGCAUACGUUUUAUCAGGGAAAGGUUUUUGAUGGAGGAUUUUUUGCUGUCUAACUGAAAAAGAUACAGAUACUUUUCUUUAUGAUUAUGAAACAGCUUUUUGUUGGCUAGGGUGGAUUGUUUUGUUUCUUUUGGUUAUGCUAGGGAUGGAUCUCAGGGCCUUGUGUGUUUAGGCAAGCACUCUUACCUCUGAGCUAUAUUCCCAGACCCAAAACAGGUGUUCUGUUGUUUUUUGUUUUGUUUUAGUUAUUGCAUGCCAAUUUUUUGGAAUUUGCUUUAUGAAAAAUUAGGCAGUCCUAUUUUAAAAAUCUGUGAAGCUUUCUUUUAGUCAGUGCAAAGGUUCAAGAGAAUUGCGCAGCUCUAGGGGUGUUAGAGUUAGGACUUGUCUUAACCAUUCACAGUUGAGUGGUAUGUAACUACCCUAGUGUGCCAGUCACAUUGUCUGGACAUUGGCUCCUUCCUUUUCCCCUUUGAAAACUCACAUCAAACUUUCCAUAUGGUUAGAUGGAUGAGCUGCCUGAUAGGAAAAUGAUAAAGCGAAUAUGCAUUUCAGUUUUAAUUUUAGAGUUUAUAAAACUUUCAUAUAAUACACCCUAGUUAAAUCUCUUAUGAAAUACAGCAUGUUGGUAUUUUCUUAGAGACUUUUUAAAGAGAAGCUGAGCGUUCACUGAAUAAGUAGCCAGUAUGAAAAAUGCCAAUGCUUAUUAUAAACACAGUAUCCCAAAGUGUAAGAGUUCUAUGAAGCUCUGGUUCGUAUGCCAGGAGCUGACGUUUACUGUACAGUACUGCAGGACAGACAGGGCAAGGAAAUCCACUGUCACUGUUGUGCUAUGGACUUGACUGACAUUCUGUUUUUAACCAUUUGGGAACAUCUUACUGUUUAAUAUUUAAACUACUGGUAUCAUUUUUCUAAUGUGUAACUGGAACUACCAGAUAAAAUAUGUACAGUUGUGAUACUAGUGUUACAAGCAACACUUCAGAGGGUCAGGUGUGCUACUGCACACCUUUAAGUCCAGUGCUUGGGAGGCAAAGGCAGGCAGAUCUCUCUGAGUUCAAGGCCAGCCUGGUUUACAUGGUGAGUUCCAAACUUGCUAAAGCUUCACAGUGAGACCCUGUCUUUAAAAAAGAAAAAGGAACUUUCAAAGACAACUUUCAUAUUUUGAGAUGUCAUGAGCUUAUAUUUUAAAAAUUUAGAGUAGUGUGAACCAUAAAUUUAUGUCCCCAAAGACGGUAGUAUGCAGCACUGAUAUACAGUUUAAUACAGUUAGUGCGGGUAAACUCUUAAACUUUGACCUUGGCCAAAUAAUUUUCAGUUCACAGACUAUCUAAUGUGGUGCUUUUUCUCCCCCUGAAAACUUGAUUUUUCUUGAUGAAGCCAAAGUUAAUGAGGACAAAUGCUCAAAAUGAGUAGUCUGCAUUGUUUUAUUUAAUAUCAAGUUGGAUGAAAUACAUUUAAUUUGAGUGAAAGUCUAAACCACAUAUUUUGAGAUACCUGCAUGUUUAAUCCUAUUUUUAAAUGAUGCCAGUGCCAAGAGUUACUGAAUUCUUAGAACUGGCCCCUGUGCCCUGCACACAUCCAAAUCGGGCAGUGCAGAUGCAAAAUGCGCUGUUUGAAAGUCUUAGGUUGGGAAAUGUUGAAGUUUUGAAUUAUGAGAGUUUUGCUUGCUGCUGAGACCUCUGAUUGCAGUUUCCUGUGAGGCAGUGGGGAUGUGCUCAGGGGGAGAGCAGUUGCCUUGUGGCCCAGGCCUUGGGUUCAGUCCUUAAUGCUGCAGUGGGAGAACAGAGGCUCACAGUGUCAGCUACGUUUAGACAGGCCUUAGGGGAAUACUUUCAAGUGAACUGUUUGCUGUAUUUUUGCCCUAACGAGUGUAGAGCUCUGAUAUGGGACCUCAAUUAAGGAAAGCCAGAUUGCAUUAGCUAAACAGUAGUGUAGAUCAUUUUUCUGUUUUUCAUGUUCAGAAUAAAAACUUUCCCUUCAUUCCUAAUUUGUUUAUAAUUAGUUAAAGGAACAAGUUGGUUUUGUAUUUUUUUCAGAGUUUUAUACAUAAUAAAGUUUUGUUGUAGUCUUUCACAAAUGAAAAGGAUAUUUUUUUAUUAUUUGAGGAUUUUUUUCUAAAAUGGUCUGUCAUUUUAAGAAUUAGUGCAAAAAAUGUACUCCCUAAAUUUAUGUAGGUACACAUUUUAAGUACACAUUAUAAGAGUGCAGUCCUAGAUGAAGCACUAGUGAAAAGUGUGUGGAAAAUGCAGUUCUUUAGGUAACACUCACUCGUCUCUUGCAUAGUUGAAAGGUGGUAUAUCUCCUGGAAUUUUUUUUAAUGAUUUGUGUUUUUUUAGAGGAAGACAGACAUUUGAAAUGUUAUUAUCUAAUUUCUACAACACUGGACUAAUAGGAAUAACUUUUUAAAAAAUGGCUGUUCUGUAUAAACAAAAUAUUUGAAAUUCAAGUGCAAAAGCCGUGAAAUAAAAGGCAUUGUCUUCUGGUCACUAUGGUGCACUGUGGCAGUGCAGUCCCUCAGGACUCAACUCUGCAGCCCUUCCUCCUGUGCCUCACUGUCGGCUGCCGCUCCACAGGUCUUCCGUCUGUCUGCUCCUUCCAAAGCUGGGCUUCCAAAGCACUGUUGAACUGAGGGCUCUGUAGGUGUGGAUGUUAAUGAGUUGUAUUUUAAAUAUCAGAGAUUAUUAAAUAAAGAGUGUGAUUUUCUAUUAA